CAUAUUUCUCCAUUUCCAAACCCAAAAAACAUCCGCAUCGUAAGACGUUUUCCCCACCAAACACAUUCAAAAUUCCAUCAUCCUUCUCAUCACCAUUAUCACCUCCAACCGUUGGGCCACCCUUACACAGACUGUGCCAUUGGGAACGACAGACAUCCCGGCACGUCUUUUGUGCUCACUACGCCGGUUGCUCUUUAUAACCACGACGCAGCAGUGCGAUAGAUACUUUUUAACACGAAACUCUAUUUCUUCUUCUUUUCUUCCUCUAACGCUCGACCAAUAUUGAGCAGGGGCAAGGGAUCUAGCAGUCUCCUAAAGCACUGCAAGACACCAAGUAACUCUUCUAUUUGUCGCUGGCAGUCAAUCCUGAUUUCGAACAAGUGGUGAGGUCUCGUCCCUCACAGUCGAUGCCCCUGCAUAGCUCCGAAGUGCAGCAAGCAUCGGGUGGGAAAUUAUCAUACAUCAUUGGUAUCUCCGCCUGAGCCAUCCCGCUACUUUUGCCUUCUUUUUUGACAUAACUUAUCGCACAAAAUGACAUCCCUAAUUCCUUCUCCAACAUCUUUUCUCAACGCAACAGCAGCCCUCAUCGCUCCCAGUCCUAUCACCAAGUCUCGAUCACCACUUACACCUACAGAAGGCGCUCCGCUGUCUGGUGACGCUGCAUUAAUACCUAAUAAGUAUCUCAGCGAGAAACGCGACGAAGACACAGGGUAUCCACCGUCCCCUUUGAAAACCGCGAGUCAAGCCCAAACAACCUCUUUGAAUCCCCAUCCAUCCCGGUCUGUGCCCUCAGAAAUCCCCUCGCUCGUACGAAGUCCCCCUUCAACAUUGCUGGAUGCCCCAGCACGAGCAGCAAUGAGUCUGCCCAACUGCCAAACUGCUGCCGCCCAGGCCCGAGCAGUGAGAGGCGGAGAGGUCAAGACGCCAGAAUAUGAAGUGGACGAGGAUGUAUAUUCGAGAGCAGAAGAUGUGCCUCUUUUGGCACCAAUCCCAUUACGGCCAAGCCUGUCGCGUGCUUCCUCUGCCGCGUCUACCGCUUCAAACAGAGGUAUCUUGAGGCGAAUAUUUAUAGACCGGUCGACGACUCCCUCACAACACCUCACCCGGCCGACCUUCCCGCCUCCAUCAUUAUCAACGUAUUCGCCUAUGUCUCCCGCUCCUCUUUCACUCUGGGCAAAACUCAAUUUGCUGUUCAUCCAAACUACGUCAAUUAUAUUAUCGACCUACUUUCUUGUUCUUGUCGUGCUGUGGGCGGUUGCUGCGGAAGUGGCAAAAUGUUUACCAAAAUGGAUUUGGCCAGAGAGACCAAGGAAGUUUCCAUGGGAUGAUGAGGAAUAUUGGAAAAAGGAGGGAAAGACGGUCAGUAAAGAUCCCGCGUUUUAUGCAAAGCAAGUGGGGAUGGACAUUGAGCAUCAGACUGUGGAGACGGAAGAUGGCUAUUAUUUAAAGAUGCACCGUGUUAUCGAUCCCGACGCCCAAACACACUCUGACGGUCGAGGCGGUUUCCCCGUCCUUAUCCUUCACGGUCUAUUUCAAUCCUCGGGGUCAUUUGUCACAUCUGAAGACCGAUCUCUUGCGUUCUGGUUAGCCAGAGAGGGGAAGUAUCAGGUCUAUCUUGGAAAUACAAGAGGAGUGUUCGAUAUGGGCCACCGAACCUUCAGCCGGAACGACCCGAGAUUCUGGGACUGGACGAUUAGAGAACUUGCAAUGUACGACCUCCCUGCGCUCGUUGAACACGUCUGUCGAGAAACUGGGUACGACAAGAUUGCAUUCAUCGGCCAUUCUCAAGGCAACGGUCUCGCGUUCAUCUCUCUCUCCCUCGGAAUGUGCCCCUCCCUCGGCUCAAAGCUUUCUGUAUUCAUCGCGCUCGCCCCCGCCGUGUAUGCGGGGACUCUCACUACCGGGUUCCCAUUCACAACGCUAAACAAGAUGGAUUGGCCGACGUGGAAAAGGUUUUUCGGUGUACUCGAUUUCAUACCGCUAAUGAGGUGGGCAUACGACUAUGCUCCGCCGAGUAUGUUUGCGUCGCUGGGUUACAUUAUGUUUGCGUUUUUGUUCAGCUGGACGGAUACCAACUGGCUUCAUCGGCGCAAAACGAAAAUGUUCCGCUUUACACCUACCCCCGUCUCCUCCGCCUCCAUCUUCUGGUGGUGCGGCAAAGGCGGUUUUGCCGACCGUAAAUGCACUUUGGAUGACUCCCUCCCACGAUGGUUCGACAAGCGUUUCCCUGCACUGUCAAUAUACCAUGGUGGAAGGGAUUUUUUGGUUUUUGCCGAUCCGUUGUUGGAGAGGCUGAAGGAGAAGGAGAAGGAUGUGAAGGUGAUCAAGGUGACAAAGCUGGAGGAUAGUGAGCACUGUGAUUUCUAUUGGGCGGCCGAGGCGGUUGAGUGGGCGUACUUGUCGUUUUUGGAUGAUAUCGAGAGCACAAGACCACGAUAUCCGGAUGAACCCGAAGCUCCCAAGGGUGGGACAGAGACUAACAUGUCUUAAGCACGGUUAGCCAUUCACAUGAGCGCGGGAAGCAGAUUAUGGAUUGCAAGUAACAUUGAUGGCCUUAGAAGGUCAUAAGCGAUCAGAGAAACCAUGAGCGAUUAGAGAAAGAGGGUCCUACGAGAAAAGAUAUACACGAGUGUGAAAUGAGCGAAAACAGUUGUUCCUGCAUGUCUUUCUAGUGUUGUUUUUACAUGAUCUAAAG